GGAACGAACAUCUUACUAACUCGCUACCUAACCAGACGGAGAACACCCUCCCAACCGUCUACGUCUUCGCACGCUCCCCUCACCAGCAACGUAUCAACCUCCGACAUACACUCUCCGCGCUUGCUACGAAGUACCACUCCUCACUGCAAAUCGUGCUUGUCGACCCAAUUUUGUUUCCCGAUUUGAUGAAAGAGUUGGGUCUCCUCAGUCUCUCCGAAAACUCGGAGGAAUCUGGUGAAGGUGAUGGCAAUGGUAGUGGGGAUGGUGUAACAGGGGCAGUUGUGUGGCCCUGGAAGAGUAACAAUGGCAACGACGACAACAACAACAACAAAAAGAUAGAAAAGCUGAUCUAUCACUACCCCAAAGACAAACCCAUCACCGAGUCAAAUGUCAAGCAAUGGGGGUUAGAUCUGUAUCUGGGAAGGGUCAAGUCUUGGUUUCCACCGUCGUCGUCGUCCAACGACGAGGGGAAGAAGGGAGAGGAUGGGAAUGGAAGUGGGAGUGGGAGAGACGAGGUUUUGAGAGAUCUGAAGAACAGAGUGAGAGUGGUGAAGGGGGGGAAGAAGGCGACGAGAAAGGUGAUGAAGAGGACUGGAUCAGGAUCGAUCCCGGGGGUGAAGAUUAGAGUUGCGGGGAGGGAUGAGUUGUGAGGUGUGAGGCUUAGAACGAGGAAAGUUCGUAGAGUUUGCUGGACGCUUCGGUUUCUGGAACUUGGCUAGAAGGUCUCCCAAAGCUUCUUCGGCCACUUUCUCGCAUGCAGCUAGAAGAAGUUACCAUUGUAACAGAGGAUACUCUACUUCCGUCGUUGAGAAUUCGAUGUCUGUGAAAGUUGUUCC